UAUAUCUGUCUUGGAUCUCGGAUUUUGGAUCAUGGAUCGGAUAUUUACCUGCUGUCGCUUCAAUCCCCCCCCCCAAUAAUACACGUGUCGCCGGGGAAGGACUAUGCACCGCACUUGAAUUUCUCACGCCGACUUAUACGGCGUCAGCUGCUUUCCAAUCCAAACUGACAGUCUGGACCAGCUAUUUGUCAACCUGGCAUAAAUUUAACCUAGAUUUCACGGUUGUCAACUGAGCGUGUCCACAUCCUAUCAUUUACCUCUCCGAAUUUAAUCCGUUUAUUCAACUGCUUCCAACGUAAAAUUUCUCAGUUGUCAGUCCAAUGGCUACUCUUGUAUCAAGAAGUCCAAGGCAAUCGACGAUGACGCCGCCGUGUCCGUGGCGUCGGCGGUGAUAAGGAUAGUGGUUAGGAAGCAUGGUUUAGGCUUUGGAGGCUUGAUGGAUGGUUUCUUGAAGAACGUCCCAAUUAGCUCGCAAAAGGAUAUUUUACAUCACGUUGAGUACGCGGUGGCUCAAUCGCGAUUUAGUUUCGACGAUUUCGAAACUUAUCAGGCUUUGGCACAUAGUGUGAGAGAUCGUUUGCUUGAACGUUGGCAUGGCCGUAUCAACCUUGGCAUAUGGGACCCAUUUGCAGAUGCUCUAAGCCAGCUUGGUUUUGAGUUUGAGGUUUUAGCAGAGCAGGAAGGAGAUGCUGCCCGGGGUAAUGGAGGCCUUGCUCGUCUUUCAGCAUGUCAAAUGGAUUCUAUAGCAACUUUGGACUAUCCUGCAGUGGGUAUGCCUGUAUUCUAUAUUUUGCUUGUAAGAUUUGUGGAGGUAUUUCAAGUAAACAAGUUGAAAGUAACUCCUCUCUGCCUUGCAUUGGGGAUUUGUGCAUCUUUUUCUAUAAUUAUGGAUUACGCUACCAGAAUGGGUUGUUCCAUCAAGUCAUAUUGGAUGGCUUUCAACGUGAAUAGCCUGAUUUUUGGUUGAAUUUUGGAAACCCUUGGGAGAUAGAGCGGGUUCAUGUAACAUAUCCUGUGAAGUUCUACGGGGCUGUUGCAGACGAUUUUUUGAAUGAAGAGAAAUAUAAAAUUUGGGCUUCUGAAUAAAUGCACUGCAGGACAUGAGUAUCAAGAACAGGCAGCAUGAAAUUUUUGAUGAAUGGAUUUUUGCUUUUAGCUACGAUAGAUGGUUAUGCAGUUGAAAUUAUUGAAGAAAUAGGGGAGGAUAACGUGGUGAGUUUUACUUUAAGUUAACAUUGACCUAUCAAUUGACACUGAAUAUAACGACACACAAACAUAAUCAACAAUAUUAGUGGGACUAGGUUUAUGAUAAGGUUUCUCUAAGUUUUUCUUUGGUGCAAAAGUGCAUGAAGUUGCAGCACUGUGUGAGAAAGGACGUGCUCUUAAAGUUCCUCUGCAAUUUGCACUUGUCCCAUGGUAUAUCAUGGAACUUUGUCCCCCCCCCCCCUCCAUCCCUUCAUUCAACAAUACUGUGUAUCUCAACAAAGGUGUUAUACCCUUGUUUUCUUAUAGAG